UAGCUAGUGAUAAUAAACUUCAAACAAAAACUUGUUUGCUGAAAAAAUACUUUACAAUUUGUUACUAGUUAUUUGCUAAAGGCAGCUCGUGUUAUCAAGUUAAUAUGCGGGUUAAUGUAAUUAAAUUAAAAUCGUUAUCAUGUGUGCCAAGGGUCGAGGCUGAUGUUGCAAGAUUUGCGGUGCGCUACAGAAGAUUGUAUACUGAUGUAAGCUCAGCGCCAGUAAGUUCCUCUAUGGUGCAUCAUGAGGCGUCACCGGCGACACCGGAAGGUGCACGGUCGCCGCUCACCGAUUUGCUGGGUCGCCGCCACGAUUACUUGCGAAUUUCUUUGACCGAGCGGUGCAAUUUGCGAUGUCAGUACUGCAUGCCCCCGGAGGGCGCGGAGCUGUCGCCCCGCGAGCGGCUGCUGUCGCGCGCGGAGCUGGCGCGGGCGGCGCGCGUCUUCGCGGCGCUGGGCGUGCGCAAGCUGCGCCUCACGGGCGGCGAGCCCACGCUGCGCGCAGACCUCGCCGACAUCAUACAGGACUUAACCAGCAUAGAAGGGAUAAAAACGGUCAGCAUGACCACGAACGGGCUGGUGCUGACGCGGCGCCUGCCCGCGCUGCAGCGCGCCGGGCUGGCCGCGCUCAACGUGUCGCUCGACUCGCUGCGCGCCGAGCGCUACGAGCACAUGGCGCGCCGCCCGGGACUGUCGCGGGUCCUGGCGGGCGUGGACCUCGCCCUGCAGCUGGGAUACCGCCCUCUUAAAAUUAACACCGUGCUCAUGAAGGGCUUCAACGAUGAUGAAAUUUGUGAUUUCGUGGAGUACACACGGGACCGUGAAAUCGAAGUCAGGUUCAUCGAGUUCAUGCCGUUCAGCGGCAACGCGUGGGACGACAGCAAGCUGGUGCCGUACCGCGCCGCGCUGCGCGCCGUGCUGCGCCGCCACCCCGAGCUGCGUCCGCUGGCACCGCGCGCCAACGACACUGCGCGCGUGUGGCAGGUGCCGGGCUACGCGGGCAGCGUGGGCUUCAUCGCGUCCAUGACGCAGCAGUUCUGCGGCUCCUGCAACCGCCUGCGCCUCACCGCCGACGGCAACCUCAAGGUAUGCCUGUUCGGGGCCGCGGAGGUGUCCCUGCGCGACGCGAUGCGCGCGGGCGCCGACGACGCGCGCCUGGAGCAGCUCGUGCGCGCCGCGCUGCGCAACAAGAAGCCGCAGCACGCCGAAUCUCGCCAAGAUGAAAAACCGGCCGAUGGUUCUGAUCGGUGGAUAACGGCCGGGGUCCGGGCCGCCCCGUCCGCUCGCCCGGCGGCCGCGCGCUGCUACUCCACGCGCGCGGGCGCGGACGACGACGCCGGCGCCUUCUCGCACCUGGACGCCGCGGGGCGCGCGCGCAUGGUGGACGUGGGCUCGAAGCCGGUCACGGCGCGCGCCGCCGAGGCCGAGUGCCGGCUGCACGUGGGCGCGCGCCUGCUGCGGCUGCUGCGCGACGCGCGCCUGCCCAAGGGCGACGCGCUGACCGUGGCGCAGGUGGCGGGCGCGCUGGCCGCCAAGCGCACGGCCGAGCUCAUCCCGCUGUGCCACCCGCUGCCGCUGGACUGCGCGCGCGUGCGCGUGGAGCUGCCGGCGGGCGCGGCGGGCGCGGGCGGCGCGCUGCGCGUGGCGUGCGAGGUGCGCGUGACGGCGCGCACGGGCGCGGAGAUGGAGGCGCUGACGGGCGCGGCGGUGGCGGCGCUGGCGCUCUACGACAUGUGCAAGUCGGUGGACCGCGACAUGCGCAUCACGGACCUGCGCGUGGUGCGCAAGUCGGGCGGCCGCAGCGGCGAGUGGCCGCCGCCCGCCGCCCCCGCCAAGCCCACCGCAGCCGCCACCCCCGCCGAUCCGGUCGCCGAAUCUGACCCCGGUCCCGAGAUAUAUGCCCCGACUAAUUUUCCUCACCUUUAGAGCCGCUUCUGAUACUUAAAAGUAUAAUUUUGUAGCCGACUCCACACGGCUGAAGCGAACGAUAAGUCCUCGCGACACUACUGACUGCUAUAUAUUUCUAUGAAAUUGCUAUUAGUGACACGUCGAUAAAAGUUUCAUAGGAAAGCAUGUAUCGUCGUAGUAUAGUGCAGCUGCGCGCUUCGAGCUUGUACCAUAAGUCCCACUAUACCAUAAUGUUUUCUUUGAGUAAUAAGAGUACUGCUUCUAUCUGCAGUAUUAAGAGCACUUUCCCUCCAGGUGGCAUUACAAAAUUCCACCCUGUAUACUGCUCCACUCUACUGAUUCUACUGCAGCU